AUGUCGUGUCUUCCAGCCGGUGUUGCAAAGUCCUUAGAUGAGACCAAGGCAGACUAUCGACUUCUCGGAAACAGUGGUCUUCGGGUGUCGGUUCCAAUCAUCGGGUGCUGGGUAUUAGGACCUGAAAAGGCCCUUCCCCUACUUAAGGGAGCUUAUGAUCGUGGAGUCACUACCAUUCGAACCCUAGUUAACUAUAUACCCGGACUCACCUCAAGAUUGAUCUACCUAGUGGGAUACGGCAAACAUUUACUCCAACAGCAAUUCAGAGAGAGAGUUAUUGCGGAAGCUAUAAGGAAAUAUAGCCUUCCGCGGCAUAGGCUAGUGUUGAUGGCAAAGACCUGGAGCCGUAUGGGAGAGCAACAGUUCCAUACAUACCCUAUCCUAGACGAGCUUAGACAAACAAAAGACUAUAUCAACCAGUUCGGACUCUCGAGAUCGGCACUAUUCACCGCAGUGAACGAUUCUCUGGCACGUCUGGAGACAGAUUAUAUUGACGUCUUCUGGAUUCAUCGCUUUGACCCGUACACGCCAAUUGAAGAGACUAUGCGUGCUCUUCGCGACCUAGUUACCUACGGCGGGAAAUUCGGAUACAUUGGAGCCUCAUCAAUUUUGCGCUGA